AUGGAGGACAGCCACUUCCACCUCGCCCAGCAUGACCACAUAGACAGCCCCAUCCAGGAUGAGACCGCCGAGGCACUCAUCGCCAGUCUCAAGGCCGUCAUCAAUAACCCCAACAACGCCGGCCACCACCAGCAUGCCGCCGCCGAGGGCGAGACCCACGAGGGCCAGCCAGACGCGGACGCGGGCGACGAGCAUCAUAUCGCUAUCAGCGAGCCGCGCGAGGCUGAUCCCGUAGAGACCCUCAACUCGUAUACCGCCAGCGGAACCAACGUGGUCAAUGUCGCCAUCCGGAGGUCCCUCUCGGUGCUCUUCCAACUUACCACGGCCCACAGCGGCUUGUUGGAAGAGCUCAAUGGGGUGGGAGCGAUCCACAGCUUGGCGCAGAAUCUAAAGGCAUUGAAGGAGGGAAACAAGAGACAGGUGGAGAUGCUCAAAGAAUUGACGGCCCAAAUCAGGGCGAGUGAGAUGGGUGUCGACCUGUCGAGGCAAUUCCCCGACGGCCUCGACUCUGAGCCAUCUCCCGUCGUUCUGCGAACCGAUUACGAGGCACUUAAAGCUCAACACGACGCGCUUGUCGCAUCCACGGCCACUGCGCCUACCCCAGCCCCCGUUUCUGGCGCGUCACAUACGGCUGAAGCGCACCAGCCAAGUCCUGUCAAACGUUUAUCAGCACCUCGUCGAGGCAGGCCGAGCAAGGCUGCUACCCAGGCUGCUGCUGCUGCUAUCAUUGACCCAGAGACGUUUACGGGCGGGGGUACGGAGCCGAUCAAGAGUAUCUCCUUGAAGGGCAAUUCGACCAGCGAGGGUAGGAAAAAGAGGUCUCUCAAGCUUGAGCAUUUGAUCCACAAGAUGGCCAAUCGCCGUCUUGGAGUCGAGUACGCCGUUUCCAACUACGAAUCUAAAGGCCACCGGACUUUGCCCGACCCGGAAUCCCGUCCGCUCUCUGCAGAUGAGAGCCCCAACGGCGUUUCUGAGUUUAGGCCCAACUUUCAAGGAGAUGUGCACGCAGACAGCGUCAGGCCAUUUGUGGAUCAGGUGGUGGAGGAUGUCUGGGACGCAUGGCAGGCUUCGGCGGUGGAGGGUGAUGCGGAGGUCGACAAGCCCAAGAUCAAGGAGGCGAUGAACAUUUACUGGCUUAGGUUGAUGAAACGUUGGGAAGAACAAGAAGCGUUCAAACGAGGUGAAGUCCACCGAGAUCAGCUCUCGCGACGCAAACAAAACACCUACCGUCGUCAGCAGUCACUUCUGAUGCGCCGUACUGGCAACUUUGAUCAGUCCCCCCUCAACGCAUGUCGUCUUCGCGCCCACUACCGCACCCUCCUCACGAUCGACUUUUCGACCGCCACUUCGGACAGACCUGAGCCAGAGAGGCAAUACUCCCUGCAAGCUUGGGAGGCGUAUCGCCGGCUCGCUUGCGGCCCCAAGGCAGGAGAAGCUCAUGAAGUCUUGGACCAAUGGUGGCAAUCGCCUGUGGUCCGUCAUCUUUUGAUCUUGCUUGACGAGUUCUCGCAAGACCAAAUUGCGCAAGCCAAGAAAAAGGGCAAGCCCAAGCAGCCAAAUCCUACGUUCCAUCUGCCUCCCGAGCUUUGGAUGCGGACAGAGCCCCCAGCACUACGCCCGAAAGAUGCCAAUGGUCUCCCUCUGUCCGGCGCACCUGGCUUGAUCCUUUUCAGGUUCCAUGUCAGCCAGGAGGCCAUUGACAUGUAUCCAGAGUGGGCAAAGGGGCUUUACGAUAAUCCUCCUAUCCCUGCCGAGGACGAGGGUUUGCCAACUCUUGCCGAGAUUCUCUCUACACCUCCAUACACCCGCCUGCGUCAUCUGCUCCACGUCGCCAAAGCUCGCAUGUACCCUAAGCGCCUCGACGAUGAACAGAUCGCUCAGAUCAACUCUGGUAUAGACCUCUCCCACCUCGAAGGCAUAUACGUGCCCUAUCUUGGUAUAGGCGACAACGGCCAAGGGUCGGUUCCAAUCACAUUGGAGGGGGAAGGGGAGUAUAUGACGACGUUUGCAGCGCUUUCGCAGCUUGCCAGUAACUCUCACGGAGAAUCUUCGAGGCCUGAGUUGGCUGGUCCCCCGGGAUCGAGUGGGCUCUCAAACGACGCCGCCAACAAUUGGAUGUACCACUCCCCAGGCCCCUCUACCUCCCAGCCCUCUGGUACCCCUGGACCGCCCCCCGCUCCCUCUGCCCCUACUGCCAUGGCUGAGUCUGAGAAACAAGGUUCAUCUCAGCGCGCCCGCCGCCUUGGCAAAAGAAUGGCUUCCGAAGUUCCAGGCGGGGCUGCGACUCCGGUGGCCAAGCGCCCAAGAAGACAGAGUAAUGCAGGCAUGGGGAUGUUUGAUGUGGUCAAUGACGAUGUGGGGCUGGAUACAGGUCUCGAUGCGGAGGAUGAGGAAGCAGAGGGGAGGGUGACAGAAGUCCUGGGACAUGACGCCGCGUUUUUGGAGGGCAUUUGA